GUGUAAUCCUAAAUUUUCGUUCAGUUCUGAAUGGAUUUGCUACAAUGAAGAUUCUGUGUUUCAAAGGCUGGCGAGCGGGUAAAAAUAAUUAUUUGCUGAUUCUCCUCGUGUUUCUUGUGGCCGUGGUCGUCCAACGCUCAGCAGCACUAGCAGCGGAAGCAGGACAGACACAAAUUGAGGUGUAUAUUGUCGAUGUUGGGGAGUGUCUGCUGGGACCGACCGCGUACGACUUUGACAACCCGCUGACAUGGACUAGGAUCCCGGCUACGCCCUCGCGGCCGAUCGAUGGAGGUGGUGGUGACGGCGGCGGUGGUGGUCAAGGCGGUAGAGGGGAGAUGCUUGCGACUUUGCCAAACGCCGGCGGUGCAGGUCAAGACAGCGGUGGAGCGGAGAUGCUGGCGUACUCGGCUAAUGCUAACAGCUACAUGGUGGCCUCUGGGAAUAACCUGACAAGUGGAAUGUUUAAAGAUCCUGUGUUCACUGGUCUGAACGGCUCAUCUAACCCCAAUGACCUGGACCACUGUGGUGCAUGGCUGAGUGCAGUGCACUGGGAUGCUGCAGAGGGUGUUAUGAGAGGCUUUUAUCACCAAGAGUGGAAAUGCAAUUACUCUCACAGCGGCUACACUAACAUGAGUAUUGCUUAUGCGGAGUCUCAUGACAGAGGCAAGACCUUUGCUAAACCUGGUCACCCACACAACGCUAUCAUAACUGCUCCAAACAGCAGCUCAACGCACAUCUGUGGUGAAGGAGGACACGGUAUGGCUGUGCGUGAUGGCUAUUACUACAUCUACUUCAGAGACUGGUCACACUUUGGUAUUGGUGUUGCCAGGGCAACCAUGGCAAGCGGAGGCACGCCAGGAUCAUGGUAUAAGUACUAUAACGGUGACUGGACACAGCCAGGUAUCCGUGGAAACGCUAGCCGGCUUGCCAACAUCACCGGCACGUCUGCAUACUACUCGUCGUCUAGGCAACGGUUUAUCUCAGUUGGAUAUUGGUCUUCUGACGAGACACUAGGACGUGGCACCCGUUUGUCCUACAGCAGUGAGGGACUACACUGGACUCCUAUGCUGCUGCCUCUGGUGCCGCUGGAUCCACAGGUCUGGAAUCGCACUGGCCAUCAACCAGAACAGAAUGCGUAUCAAGCACUAGCACCGGUCUCUGACACUGAUGACGUACUGUCGUCUGCUUUCUUCUAUUCCUAUACAUUCGUUGAACCUGGCGCUACACGACUGAACAAAUAUCUGUGCAGAAAGCGUGUGGAUCAUCACGUCUUCACUGUAGCUGACAGCAGCAGCAGCAGCAGUCUGCAUCACUCCAUCUCGCUGAUCAAGCUUGGUCACUACCGCAGUCACAUGACCGAUGAUAUCUGGGUGACCAGUGCUGCCGUGCCUCGUCACCAUGGUUACGACUACGUUGAGGGCGAAUUUCCCCCGUUGCCGCUGCUGGCGACAGCAGACUGGACGUCAAGCAGCCGUGAUGGGUAUGAUACUAUACAGAAGUGUAUCCGUGACUGUGGUCACACCACUGCUGUCGCAAAUAGCACAGUUCUUACAUCAGAGCAGCUUCAGUGGCUAUGUGCGCAACGAACGGCACGGUACGAACACGACGCAAGAGCUUGCUGUUAUUGUUUGGCUGCGGCGUCUGAUCAGAGUGAACGUGAUGAGGAGAGCAGCCGCUCUGCUGUUGAUACCAUGGUUGGGCUCUACGAUUGCGUUCAUGGCACUACCGGCGAUCACUUCGUCUCCCGGUCGUCCACCUGCGACUCACAGCAAUACAUCCGCAUAUUGGGCUAUGUCCAGCAGUCCCCAGCGUCGUCGUGGUGGCCAGGGCGUGACCCUGUAGCGGAUGCAGUGACCGAGUACCCACUAGUGACGGCUGCCCUGUACUCAUGUUGGAACUCUGUACACAAUGACACGUGUGUGGACGCAUCACCAACAUGCCACGCAUGUGGUGGUACCAUGACUGAAGUACUCGGAUAUGGAUUUCACUUAGAAAAAUAGAAGACAGUCCGCUCACUGAUCGGUGCAUGUCGUAGAUGUUGGCAUUAUUUUGAAUUUGGACUCAAAGUAAAUAAUUGAACAGGCGGAAAGCUCCCAUUUCAGCUAAAAUCUUCCGUGUGUUCGGAAACUCUCUAUGGCUUCUGGAAUCUGAAUCUGAAGCCAUGCUUUAGGAGGUGAAUCUGCGCCUUGAUCCUUGGCGCUGGUGGUGUACCGACGGAUGCGGAAAACUCAACCUCCAGCCGCGUCUCACGCGAACCGUGAACUUUUUUCCAGGAAUCUGCAUGCACAAAGUCAGAGAAACUCGGUCACGGCUGUCAUGAGGG